UGAUAAACUGCGAUUGGCACGAAAAAAUAGUUUACUGAUUUUAAUAUUUUUCUGUAUGUAUAAUUAAAGAUAUCAACUUAAAAAUAAUGUUAUAAGUUGUCCGAAUAAUUACUUUGAACUAUUUCAAAUAAUUAAGCUAGUGGUAUUGCAACAUCAUGACAUCUGUUUGUUUUGAUUUAAAGUUUUAAUUAAUUUACAUUAAUUCCUAUAAAUCAAGUCAAAAUGGAAGGAGGUGAAUGGAGAAGUACCAUUAUAAGUCAGCUCCAAGCCAGGAAUAAGUAUGAAACGACUGCUUUCCAGGAUAUUAUUACUUUUCAAAGUAGACUGUUUGACAAUGUGAAUACUCUGAAGAAUGAAAAUUUACAGUUGACGUUAGUUAAUGAGAGAAUUAGAUAUUCAAGCACAGAUAAUGUUCUAUCGCCUGGUGGUAGCGGUAACAAUGAAAGGAUACAAGCUUUAGAACAGAAAAUACUAGUACAGCAAGAGGAGCUAACGUCGCUCCACAGACGUAGAGGAGAAAGUGCACAACAAAUCAUUAACCUCAACACUCGAGUGCAUGAUUUAGAAAAAGAAUUACAGGCAAAAGAUAUUAUAAUUUCAGAAAACACAGCUUUAAUAGCAUCUUUACGAGCUGAAAUACAAAUGUAUGAAACAAACAUGACUGAGUUGCAAGGAUUGAAUCAAGUAUUACGAGACGAACAUCAAGCAUUACAGAUGGCUUUUGCAGCUAUAGAAGAGAAAUUAAGAAAAGCUCAGGACGAAAACCGGUCGUUAGUGGAUAGGUUAAUAAAGUACAAAGCUAAGGAUGCCGACAAGAUGAAUGAAGAAAAUGAGCAUUUUCUCAAGUCAAGCAACCCUACCGCGUUUUUCAUCAACACGUUUGGUAGAGUUAGUUUCGGAAAGAAGAGCGAUAAGCUUCGGAAAGAGUUGGAGGAAGCCGCGAGAGAAGGGGGCAGUAGGAGUAGUGGUGGUUCGCCUGGUGGUUCGGAUGACAAGAUCAUGGAGUCGAUGCCGUUUUAUGCCACGACGUUGCCCACCAAAGUAGCGCUGAGAUUUGACGCGCAUGAUGGCGAGGUUAACGCCGUCAAAUGGAGCCCUACCGAUCGCAUGGUUGCGACGGGAGGGACCGAUAGAAAGGUUAAAUUGUGGGAUGUGUCGAAGUUGGGUCUGGUGGAGAACAAAGGCACCCUAGUGGGGUCCAACAAAGGAGUUAUGUCAGUGGACUUCGACUCCUCGGGCGCGUACAUCGUGGGAGCGUCCAACGACUUCGCGAGCCGGGUGUGGUCGGUCGGCGAUCAACGGCAAAGGCACACAUUAACGGGCCACAGUGGGAAAGUGAUGGCCGCCAAGUUCCUCGGGGAGCACACUAAAGUCAUCACCGGCAGUCACGACCGGACCCUAAAAGUGUGGGACCUGCGGAGUAAAACGUGUACAGAAACAAAAUUCGCUGGAUCGUCUUGCAACGACCUGGUGACGUCAGACGGCGCGGGGUCUACCAUCAUAUCAGGGCACUUCGACAAGACGAUACGAUUCUGGGACAUUCGGACAGAGAACUCUGCCAACCACAUCCUGCUGCAAGGCAGGGUGACGUCACUAGAUCUCAGUAGAGACAGUAACUAUCUGCUGGCAUGCGGGCGGGACGACACAAUACAACUAAUAGACCUGCGGAUGAACACGAUAGUACGCUCUUUCAGUCACGAGUCAUUCAAAGUGGGGUGCGACUGGUCGAGGGCGGCGUUCGGGCCGGCUGGGCGGCUGCUCGCCGUGGGCGGGGCAGAUGGCUCGGUUUACGUUUGGAACACGCACACUGGCCGGUUAGAAGCAAUACUCAAGGAACACUCGACACCGGUGACGGCGGUGUCAUGGCAUCCACAGUCGGGUCUGCUGGCGUCUGUCGACAGGAGCAACCGUGCAGUGAUAUGGGGGGACUUGUGACAGGCAUGGGACUCCCUGCCGCCUCCCGCUGAACCUAAGGUUUCAAGAUGCGAGGAGGCGCUUGAAGACGGGGACUCCGGGGAGGUGAUUCACUUCCUCCGAGGCAUAACCACCGAUAUAUUCCAUCGGUUCACUGACUAACCUCAAGUCUCUAAAGUCUUCUCUUUAUUCCCUAAUAACUUUAGCUAGUUUUAUUUCAAUUGAGUAAAAGUCAUCACAAUGUCCUUUACUUUUUCACAACUAUUUGUAAGACUUCUUUGAUCAUUUUUUACGUCUUGUUGACAUACAUAUAAAUACUGUGCUACUCGUACCGUGUAGAGUGUCAAACAUUUUAAAUAAUAGUCAUUAAAAGACGCCUUGGGUUCCGUUACGCAAAAUAACUUUUUGUAAAUGUAUUCUUAGCUAAAGUACCUGCCCAUCCUUGUUAAAUCGCCGCGGAUUUAUUGUUUGAUGAUGAGUAGUUUGUUACAAAGAAAAUAAAUGUGAAGUGCUAAAUUAUUUACUUUUAACGUCAAAUUGACGUGCUCAAAUAUUUUAGAGUGGGUGGGCAAUGAAAAGUUAUUUUACGCCUACAUCUUCGGUUUAGAUGUGACACUUCAUGACUAAAAAAUAGGUAAAACGAGAUUUCGAUGCAGAACGUUUCAAAUCAUAUUUUCGGUGUUUACUUACUCGUCCUUAUCUGCAUUACAAUUUAAUUUUGAUUGAAAAAAAUCAGAGUACUUCUUAAGCUACAUUUCUCUUACCUUUUAAACUGUGACAAAGUUUCUGACUUUCCUGAAAAAUAUUAUAGUUUGCAAGGUGUCACAUAAAGAUCGAAGAUAUUUGAAUAAAUCUUUUAUUGAUUGUAGUUAGGAAUUUUGUAUUUUUGCAAGGGUGCUUUUACGUCACAAAGUGUAUUUAAUUUUAUAAUGACGCUCUAUCACACAGCGUUUCGACACUCAAUUAAUCAUUUUGGCAUUAAUAUGUAUUGGAAACUUAAUACUGACACUACGCUGGUUUAGGCGAGUGUUGAACUGUUGAUGUAUAAGCCAAACGGGACGGCCUUUUGUCUUCUGACUUAUGUACAUAUUAUUAUAGUUUGAUUUCAUUCCUGAUCUUAGCUUCGGAUGUAUCUGCGGUCAUUGUUCUGAGCAUUGUGAGUUAUUAGUUACUAGUAUUGUAUACAGGUAUGAUCAUUUGUAUAGUCGGAAAUGUUAUAGGCAGCUGUAAUGUUAUACUUCAAUAAGAUUUCUCAUGAGAUGGGACUGUGUGUUGACUCUAUCUGUAAUGAGUUUUCUUGUAUAAGUUGUACGUCAUAGAAUAGUUGUCAACGGUUACGUGCUAAUGCACGAGCUUUACAUUAUUUUUAGAUGAUAUAGCAAUACUAUCACGAUUUUUUUUUCAAUGUUAAAGAAUUUUACAUUGUAAGAAUAUAACUUAGAUAUCUAAAAACCGUUACAAGCAAAAUACCGCCCCAAUAUGAAAUGCUUGCGCACAAUCGUUGCUAUAUUGAAGUCAUAGUUUUAACAGUUCUAUUUUUGUAAAGAUUGUCAUUUGCUUGUCGCUCUACGUUACAAAUAAAUACGGAAAUGAGAAUUUGCGAGUGAUUUACUGCUUGGCAUGUUUGUAUUAUCGAGUUGACAUCAUAUUUGUUUUACUUAACAGAUCUCGGGCCACCUGCGCUUCCCGAAGUCUCUCAUUAGCAAACAAUGAUCGGGCGUCGCCGGCGCAGUGAUAGUUGUAGGGCCAGGCUGCGCCGCUCGAUGCGCGUAAAUAUGGCGGAUUCGAACCAAAAAGGAAACUGGGUCCGAAACUAAAAUAGCCACUGCCGUAUCAGGCGGGUUCACUCUUAAUAUUCGGCGAUAAUGUAUUCUGAAUAUUUGCGAGUAUGAUGACAUAAUAUUUGCGAGUUUUCCUAGCGAUCACUAUGAAUGAUCAUAAAGAAAUGAAUUGAAAAUUCUUAGACUUUUCGAAAUGCGAAAGUAGUUGCCAAAAGACAUGUUUUUGAACUAUUUUUGGUGCUAAGAAGAAUGUGUCGUUUAAGGAUUAGGUACGUAGUGUAGUUCGGACAGAGCUGGCUCCGGAGCUAUAUCGCGAUCAAUAAACUGCUGGGACCGAUAAGAGCGGGUGGCGCGCGCCGCGGGCGACACAUCUAUAAUCUGUGACGUGUGUUUUGACAGCAGCGCUGCGCCACUUUUUCAACGUCAUUUUUUACCAAGCCCCGCACCCGACAGUUCGACGACCCCGCACUAAAGUUUUAUUUUCACAUGUAAUUACGCAUAUAGCCGACCGCUUAAUUACCGAAAACGGCCGCGACGCCGGCACCUGGAAUUCGAUUGAAAAAACGUCAAAUCUGGCGCCGCUCUUAAAUUAUGCUUCGUUAGCCUUCACCUUCCUUAUACGGCUGCGUUUAAGACUAUUUUAAGACGGUGAACCGGCGUUGCUUGGGCGCCUCGUCUCUCUACAUAUUUUUGCUUCUUGCCAAAAAAACUUGUCAUACUCUUCGAGGAUAUUAUUAAGUACUUGUGAUUACCAAUGUCUCUACGUUAAAUUGAUUGAUAUCUUCGUAACGGUGGCGCAAAUGUAUCGAUAGCCAUUAAAACUAGUCACUUUUAAUUCUGUUAGUGUUACAUUCGCCUUAUUUUUCACACUUUUCGCUUGGAUUGAAUAUUUUAUUCGCAUUUAGCGGUGUUGGGUGCUAUGUGCUAAUGCUUGUUGGGGAAUUAAAAAUGUAAAUGAAGUUUAACUGUGAAGAAAGAAUAUUGCUUUUAAAGCCAUGGAAUUGGAGCCGUUUAUGUUUAGCACCGUUGCUUGGAUGUUGUUUGGGAUUUACGAUUGGACGUCCUUGUUAAAGGUGGUUCAGUUAGUGUCAAAUUUAUAGGUUUUAGAAUACAGGUUUAGUCCGUUUAUGGUAAUUAGUUGGCGCUUUGUAGUUCAAACGCACCCAAUAUUGUUAUAAUUUAUGUUGUGCGAGACCGCAGUCCAGACUAUGAUUGCCGUUUGUGUGGGGCACUCUGAUAGUUUUUCGCGGCUCGUAAAUAAAUCACUUUCAUUUAGAGUGAUUUAUUAAACUCGUUCAUUAACUAUUAAUGCUAGUUACUGUUUUCAAACUUUUUCACACGUUUAUAAGAAUUGUGCCAAUUAUCGUAUUAGGUAAGUUUUUGAUUUUUGAACAAAAUAUAAAUUGAAAAGUGUGUAAGGUUUGGACUAUACCGCAUUAGUAACGAACAAAGUUAAUAAAAUUGCAAAAGCUCUCAGUGGAGUGUUUCCCGAAAUUUUCCGAAUCAACUCCUUUAACUGCUUUCUAAUAUACUACCUAUCUACUACCUAUCUACCUACAUCACAAACUUAUAUCUGUUAUACUAAAAAGCUAAAACUUUCAGUGUGCCCUAUGCGUUAUACGUAGAGUCGUAUUAUUUAUAGAACUAUGUAUAAUACCAACCGAUAUGUUUUUUAAAUUCUAUACCUACUUAUAUUAAUUUUGGUAAAAUUUUUACAAAUUAGAGAGACAACAAAGCUUAUUGUAUAAAAACAUGUGCCUUUAGUUAGUUAUAAGAGUGUAAAAGUACUUAUGCAUAAUUGUCCUAAUUAUGAAGGAACAUAAUAAACACGUUCCGUGUUUUUUGAUUCCAACACUCGUAGGUGUCGAUUAUUUUAUACUCUUACUAUUUGUUCUCGAAAGUCAUUUUUGAUGAAUAAUUUUAAGUAAUAGUUAAUGUUGUAAGUACAUAGCUUUACAAAGACUGUUGUCGUUAUAUUUUUAACAACCUUACACGUCGAAGCGGACCGCUAGGUUCAUGUUUUAUAAUGAGUUUUUUCUCAGUUAAAUGCGAAAAUUCCAACUCAUAAAGUUUAUGACGAAUUAUCGUAUGUAAAUAUAUGUGGAAGCAUAAUAUUUGUGAACGCUUCGUCUAGACAUUCAGCUAGAAAAUUGCUAUGUUGUACUGGCUUUCAGAUGCCUUAUACUUUAAAUAUUUUUAUAUGAAAUGUAUUAUAUUGUAUAGAGCACGUUCGCGUACGGUGAACCAAUCGGUCAGCAUUGCGUAAAUUAAGAUUGUAACUAUGUUCAUCACUUUUAUUCUACGACUGUAUAUUCAAUAUGGAAAUAAAAUAUGUGUUAUUAUUGCUAA